CUCUGACAGCCAUGAGAAGCCUUCACGCUGUAAUUCAUAUGCAGGGCGGUAUCUACUCUGGUCAAACUGUGGCAUGGUUCAUGUCCCUCGAGCUUAGAGUGGCGAGCAAUUGCCAUGGUUUGAUGUGCGAAAUGGCGACAGUCAUAGUGUUGUGGGCAGAUCAUUGCGUUUGCACAUAAUAUUCCAACCAUCGCGUUCAGCAUCAGCUUCCACUCAUCAACGGCCGACGCUCGCCCAAGCAUCUGAUUUAUCUGAUUGACUAAGAUCAACCUCGGCAUUGUUGGAGAAUAGUGUACGCUGCUGGCGGACCUAAGGUUCGCGCAAGCCCUCUCGGCUCUGUUUUGUGGCACAGCCUCAUCUCCACGUCCAGUGUCGAUCGACUAAUGCGCAGACGAACUUGUUAUUCAUAAAGAAGAGGAACCGCCAGCAGGCUAUUUACGGCUUUGUGGACGGAAACGCAAACG